CUAACCUAUAUCGGAAAAUUUUGUUAGGUUAAAAGUUUUAAGUUGCACAUGUGUUGUAUGUUUUCGCUUUAAGUUUAAGUAACAACACAAAGUUUUAAUAUGCAACACGACGACGUUGUAUGGAGUAUCAUUAACAAAACACAUUGUUCGUACAAAACGCAAACAAAGACUCAAAAGUUUUGCCGAAAUGAAUAUAAUCUUACAGGUCUAUGUAACAGAUCGUCAUGUCCAUUAGCGAACAGUCAAUACGCCACAGUAAGGGAAGAAAAUGGGAUAAUAUAUUUAUUUAUGAAAACAGCGGAAAGAUCAGCGUUUCCUAAAAAGACUUGGGAGAAAGUGAAACUUUCUAGAAACUUUGAGAAAGCUAUUCAUCAAAUCAAUGAAAAUCUACUUUAUUGGCCUGGGUUCAUAAAAUCAAAAUGUAAACAGAGGUUUGUAAAAAUAACGCAAUAUUUAAUAAGAAUGAGAAAAUUAAAACUUAGAAGACAAAAGUUGUUGGUUCCAAUUCAAAGUAAAGUAGAAAGAAGAGAAAAACGCAGAGAAGAAAAAGCUCUUAUUGCUGCUAGAAUUGAAAAAGGAGUAGAAAAAACUCUAUUGGAUAGAUUAAAAAAAGGUGUAUAUCAAGAUUUAUACAAUAUUUCUCCACAAACGUUUGAGGAUGCCGAACAAGAAAGAGAAUUGGAAUCCGAGGAAGAGAUAGAACAAGAACUGGAAAAUGAAAAUUUAGACACUGCUGAAUUUGUUGUAGCCGAAUCAGAUGAUGAAGACAGUGAUACUGAAAGUGUUAGUGGCAUUCCCGAAGAAAUAGACUUGGAUAGUAGCUUUGAAUCAUCAGAUGGCUCUGAUAUAGAAGAUUUAACUCCAAGUGUGACUAAAAAGACCCCUAAGAAUAAAAAAGAUAAACCUAAACCAGGAUCGAAUAAGAAAAGUAAUAGGCCUAGGGUUGAAAUUGAAUAUGAGAUGGAACAUGAGGAAAUUCAAAGGCAGAUAGUAAAAUAAAAUAUUUAUUGUGUAAAACUUGGUAAUAUAUACUACACAGUGAUUUUAA